AUGACGCCCGUGGCGCUCUUCCGGCCGUGGACGUCGGCCGUCGGCGCCGACGCCGAGGCGGAGCCCCGCCCGCUGUCGCAGGAGAAGCUGUCGGCGCUGCUGCCCGUGUCCUACGAGUCGCGGCUGUCCUCCAUCAUCUCGUCGGCCGCGGACGCCGGCCAACAGCCUUGCGGCUACGGCCCGCUGCUGGCGCCGUACCCGGCCGGCGCGCACUUGCCGGCGCCGAGCCCGGAGGCGCAUCUACAGCAGCAGCAGCGCAAGCUGAGGCCCAAGAAGCACCGCUGCCCGCACUGCCACGUCGCCUUCAGCAACAACGGCCAGCUGCGGGGCCACGUGCGGAUCCAUACAGGCGAGCGUCCAUUCCGGUGCAGCUGCGGCAAGAGCUUCACCCGCAACGAGGAGCUGACUCGCCACAAGCGCAUCCACUCUGGGGUGCGGCCGUACGCCUGCUCCGUCUGCGAGAAGCGUUUCGGCCGCAAGGACCAUCUUAAGAAGCACGCGCGCACGCACGCACCGCCGCUGGCCGUGCCGCUGCAGUUCCCGCUGCCCUAUCCGCUGCCCUUCUUGUACGGGCUGUAG